AAGUCUCAUAGCGCUCAAUUAACUAUAUUUUCACCGUAAGAAGAUAAUGGUGCUGUAAGGUCUUUUAAAUUGAAAAUCAUCAAAAACAAAAAUGGCAGUUUUUCUCUUUGACCUCAAUGACCACAUGGCAUACCGGAAUCGCUAUCAUAAUGUAGACAGAUUGUUGCCUGGAGAAAUGAACCGUUCUGAUUUUCGAAAGAAUUAUAGGCUGAAUUAUGAAGAAUAUCAGUGGUUGUGUGACUACAUCCGUAAUGACGAAGUAUUUGAACGCAGACAGGAAAAUGGAAGAGUACUUUCGGUAGAAUUAAAGGUGGCAGCAGCACUGCGUUUUUUUGCCAGUGGAAGUUUUCAAAACGUUGUAGGGGACGUUGCUGGGAUCAGUCAGCCUUCCCAAAGUAGGGCUGUUGCGGCUGUUACCGAUGCAAUCUCUCGAAAGGCUUCCGAUUUCAUCAAUUUUACUUUGGAACCAACUGCAACAAUCAAAUCAAACUUUGCAGCCAUUGCUGGAAUGCCCAAUACAAUUGGAUGUAUUGACUGUACGCACGUUUACAUUCGUGCACCUCGGGAGAACGAAAACAUAUACGUCAACCGCAAGAAUCGUCAUUCAAUUAAUGUCCAAGGAAUCGUGGAUUCUAAAAUGAGAUUUGUUAACGUUGUGGCAAAAUGGCCAGGGUCUUCUCAUGAUUCCUACAUAUGGGAAACAAGCAAUGUUCUGAAUGAUUUUAGGAUGGGAAGGAUGCCACCAGGAUGGUUAUUAGGUGACAGCGGAUAUCCAACUCAACCCUGGCUCAUGACUCCACUAACAAACCCCCAAUCACCUGCAGAGCAAAGAUUCAACUCAAGUCUGACAAGGACACGUGUAUGUGUAGAAAGGGCCUUUGGAAUACUCAAAUCUAGAUUCAGAUGUCUUGAUAUGACAGGCGGGUCACUUUGCUAUGAACCAUCAAGGGUCUGUAAGAUCAUCCUCUCAUGCUGUGUGUUACAUAACAUCUGUAUCGACAGAGGCAUACCACCACCAAAUGACGUACCACAUGUAGUUCAACAACCAGAUGAAGACCAUCAUGAUCGUGUUGAUGAUAUGCAGACAGGUCAAGAAGUCAGGAGGAAUCUAAUUAACACAUGGUUUAAUUAACAAGUUCAUGGACCCUUUAAUUCAAGAUAAUAUGUACAAUAUAAACAUAAUAAAUGUAAUUACAAUGUAGAAUU